CUUCCCUGUGUGCUGGCUCGGGCUGCCAGCUGAGGCGAGCAUGGAAGCAGCCUCAUUGCUCCCCUGGUCGGUCGAGUGCGGCCCUUCCUUUGAAGUCGAGCAUUCAGCUGCUUACUACGUGUUAUAACAUAUACGACAUAGAACAGAAACCACGUAGCUUUAACGCCGUGCUGACCGUAACUAAUUCCCGAACUUGAAUGAGAGUGCGAGGAGCGCCGUUGAGCGCUUAAGUAACCCUUCCUAGCCUGGCUGGAAGUCUCACUUAGGUUUCUUCAGCAGCGGGCGGAUGGGCUCGACGCGGGGCUCUAAACGGGGGGCUGCCUCGGCGCAGCAGCAGCAGCCCAGCAAGCGCCUGCGCACAGCGCCGCACGAGGAUGUGAGCAGCAGCGGAGACACGGACCUCCUGCAGAUGCUGCCCCCAGAGCUGCUGCUGGUCGUCGUCGGAAAUCUUACCCCGCGCGAGUGUCAGCCGCUGCGCUUGACGUGCAAAGGGCUGCGUGACGUCGUGGACUCGGCGGUGGCGGACACCUUGACGGUCACCAACGACAUCGCGCAGUACUUGGUGCUGGAGCAGAGCAAGCAGUUCGAACAGGGAGGGGCGAGCGUCUCUAAUGGCUGGGUUGCUCGCUUCCUGGCGAAGUUCCCCCGCAUCAAGAAGCUGGACGUCAAGUGCAGCCAGAGCGUCCUCACGCUGUUCGCACGACAUAUGGUGCGCGACUCCCUAGGCAGCGUGCCGCAAGGCGCACUGCCCCUGGGGCGCAUUUUCGAUCUUGCAGAGAACGUCAAGACCAACAGCCGGCGGCACUCAGCGGUCCUGUUGUGCGAGCUUAUCAAAUUUAAGGUGGCCCAGAGCCUCACCUCGAAGCCGCCCGGCUAUGACGCCAUGCGCAACGACGUGAAGCAGUAUAUCAGGGCUGACCAGCUGCUGACGGAGCACCGCCUGGAGCUGCAGCAACGCGUGAUUGAGCUGGUGGAGAAGGUGCUGACGCUCAAGGGCCACGUGGACGCGCGCGCGCACGAGAAUUACAAGUACGCGCGCGACACGCUCGACGACUCGCUGCUGCAGCUGGUGUCGUGCCUGCAGGCGCGACACAGCAAGUACGCUUACCAGCUGCUGGCCAAGGCGGCGGACCCGGCCAAGGCGGCGCGCGGCUGGAGGUGGCUAUUUUACUUCCUGGCCCGCCAGAAGCAGGCGGAGGCGGCCAUCGAGGCGUACAAGGUGGUGGACAAGCAAGCGCUGGCGCAGCUCAGUCCCACCUGCCUCAGCGAGCUGUUCCGCAGCCUCAUCGACAACGAGAUCAUCACGCAGCCCGAGCCCAAGCUGCGCGCCAUCACCAGCGAGAGCGGCUCCUGGACCAAGUUCCUGUACCGCGGCAACUUCAACCUGACGUCGACGCAGUCGCGCGAGGGCGCGCUGGAGAAGGUGGCGGCGGACCUGAUCGGCAAGGAUUACCUGGACACGGCCGUCAAUGUCAUGAACAGGUUUGAGACGGACAGCACUGCCAACGACAUCUGGGUGCAGCUGCUCGGCGCGCUGGGCAUCGUGCCGGGCGGCGAGAUGCCGCUGGUGUCCAAGGACCUGCACAAGAACGUCACCGACAACGCGACGCGCGCUGCCUGGUUUGCAUCUCACGCCGCCCAGCCGCGGCGCGUCAACUGCUUCAUCCCCAUCAUCGACCUGCUGGUGACGGAGGGCCACCUGAAGGACGCCUUCAACAUCGUGCGGCAGUACCCGGAGCAAGGCGCGCUGGACAAGCACCUUCUGCGCGCGCUGUCCACCGCCUUCGCGCUGGCGGACUGCCCGCCCGCCCAGCUGAGCGACGCCACGUGCGACCUGCUGCACGACGUGCUGCUGGGCCAGCUGCGCGACGUGGCCGCGCGCUCCGAGCUCACCACCAUCCUGGUGGCGGCCUACGCCGCGCGCGGCAACCUGGACAAGGCGGUGGACCUGGCCACCAGGCUGGACGCCGCGGCUGCGGCGGCCAUGGAGGCGGAGCCGGGCGCUGCGGGCGGCCCCGCCGCCGAGCCGGUGCCCGCCGCUGCCGCGGCGGGCCCUGCGGGCGGCGCCGCGGGGGCGCCUGCCGGAGAGGCGGCGGCGGCCGGGGCGGCGCCGGCGGAGGGCGCGGGCGGCGCAGAUGGCGGCGGCAUCUUGGCGGCGGGCGCCGCGGGGCAGCGCAUGUCAGCCAUGUGGCGCGGAGUGGCGGCGGCGGCGCUGCGGACGGAUAACACCGCUGCGCUGCUGACGGCGCUGCCGCACGUGCAGACGACGUGGCUGCUGGGGCCCGCGGAUGAGGACUGCGGUCCCGAGCCGCAGCCGCAACCACUGGCGGCUGCAGCGGGCGCCUGCGCGGGCGACGCCAAGGCGGGUGCUGGCUCAGCGGGACCGUCGUGCAGCCGCCCCGCCGCGGGCGCUUCUGACGGCGCCUCGGCACCGGAUGCAGCGGCCGGCGCACCCACCAGCAGCCAGGGCGGGCAGGCGGCUGCUGCUGCCGCGGCCGCUCCGCCUGCGCCGUCCACCGUCUGGCAGCGCGUGUGCGGCCAGUUGCUCCGCUCGCUCCGCAGGCCUGCCCUGGAGUCGCUGCUGAUGCAGCUGCUGGGCGAGCGGCGGAGAGGCCUCGGCGGCCACACCGAUCAGCGCGCCCUGCUGGAGUCAACCGCCCGCGCCAUGAUGAACAGCGGGUACACGUCGGAUGCGCUGGCGCUGGCGCGGCGGCUGGGCGGGGGCUACACGCCCUGCCCUGCCGCCACCCGCGCCGGCGCUGGCGCCUCGGCGGCGCCCGGCACCGCGGGCUCGCCGGCGCAGGCGGACACGCCCACCUCCGUCACCGUCACGAUGCUGUCGUCGCCGGCGGCUGGGGUCCGGCCGUGCUGGGCCAUGCUCAACGUCAUCCUGGAGGGCCUCCUCGCGGCCGGCCAGACGGACGUCGUCGUGCAGGAGCUGCUGGCGGCGGGCGCGGCACAGGCCAAGGCCGCCGCCGUCGCGACCGGUGAGCCCGGGCCAGGCGGCGCCAGCAGCGAGGCCGGCGCGGGCGGCUCCGCAGCGGGCGGGGCGCCGCCGCCGGGGCUGGUGCUGCCGACGGCGGCCGGCCGCCUGCGCCAGGCGCUGCUGACGGACGUGCUAUCCACGCUGACUGAGGCCGGCCGCGUCGCGGAGGCGGUGCAGGUGCUGCGGGCGCUGCGUGGCGGCGAGAACGACGGGCCGCUGCUGCCGCCGCCCAUGCCGCUGCCGGCCAUCCAGCCCAUGGCCGGCGUGCAGCGCACCGGCUCGGGCAACGGCCGCACCACGCGCGCCGGCCGCUCCGGCGCCGCGCAGAAGCGCUCGCGCGGCGCAGGCUCCACAGCUGCGGCAGCCGCCGCUGCUGCGGCUGCUGCCGCUGCUGCGGCCAUGGAUGAGGCCGGGGGCGACAUGGGGAUAGCGGCGCCGGCCGACGCGGCGGCGGUGGACGGGCAAGCGGGCGGUCCUGGGGCCGCGGCCAACCAGUCCUCGACCGAUGCGCAAGCGCUGGGGCCUCAGCCGCAAUACAGCCGCCUGAUGCUGGAGGGCGGCGGCGAUGAGGAGGCCGGCCAGCCAAGCGGCGGCGGCGCUGCGGCGGCGGCCGCUGGCGGCCCCGGCGGAGCGGGAGGCACUGCCGCUGGCAGUGGCAGCCGCCCGACCUCUGCGAACGGGUCAGGCCGCGCAGCCUCGCUCGAGGCUGCGCUGGCUGCGCUUGUCAAGGCAUUGCAGAAGCGUGCCGGCGCUGGCAACGGUGGCUCGGCUACCAACAGCGGCACCUCUGCAGGCGCCGCCGGCAGCGCGGGCGGCGGCGGCAGCGGCCCCGGCGUGCAGAGCGUGGAGUUGCUGUCCGAUUGGCUGGAGGUGUGCAAGUGCUGGCCGCCGGGCCCCAUGCGGGAUGCGCAGCUGGACACGCUCGCGCGGCGCGCCAUGGACCGCGGCCGCGACCUGGAGGUGGCGCUGCAGGCGGGGUGGCUGCUGAGCGAGGCGACGCCGCAGGAUGUGAAGCUGGCGUACACGCACCGCGACCUGGCGCAGAAGUGCGUCGGGCAGGGCAUGCUGGAGGCGGCGCAGAUGUGCCUGCUGCGCAUCAAGCCGGCCAACUGGGAGGUCGCGGGCGACACCACCGCGCGCGAGCUGAUGCGGGCAGUGGCUCGGUCCGGCGACAAGACGGCAGCCAUGCAGCUUGCGGCUGUGUGGAUCCAUGCCGAGGACCAGCGGGCUGACUUUGUGAAGGUGCUGCGCAACAUCCGGCCCACCACGGGCGGCGCUGCGGGAGCGGCCGGCGGCAGCCGCGCCGGAUCCAGCAGCCGAGGGAGCUCGCGGUAGCGCGGGGCGGCUCGGCCGCUGCUGGUUUGCGGAGUGGCGCGCGGUGCCUUGCAACUUCCAGGGUAUGCCUGGCCGGCACCGGUAAGGGCAGCUUGCUCCUGACGGCGGUGACCGGUCUGGCUGCUGUGCAUGCUCUUGCAGCCUCUGGGGUUGUAUUGGCGCACUUAUCUCUGGCCCUCACCGCAUGUGUACUAUUACCUUGACUGCUUGACCUCAACAUGUUUGUGUGCGCGCAAGCUUUUGCCUGAGUAGCGGAAAGUAGCGGAAGACACGAAGCACAACACGUGUUGCGCAGCCGCAACACACCGCGGGAUGUGGCUCGUAGGGCAACAGAGAUAGCGGCUGGUUGUCAUGCAGGCGGUGCUGCAGGCUGUCUAAUUGGGCUUUACGGGGCUUGCGUCUUCAAGUUAACUGUUUGACCGGAAGCGUGUCAGGGAGUUUGCGCCGUGCCCGGGUUUUGUGCCGUGGCAAUAUGGAGCUUAAGCGAUUGAAUCUUGGGCGGGGCGGGAGUAUACAAGGAAGACGGUCUUACACUGGCGAGCAGGUAAGGUACGGACUGCUUCAGGCGUUGUUAGUGGACUGAUUGCAAGCCAAACUACGGAGGUCCACACCCCGAAUGGGACAGGACAGGAGGGUCCGGGUGAUGACGCUGGCAGCGCUCGCGUGGCCAAGCGCCUAGUGCGUUCUGCACAUGCGACCGCACGUGCCUGCAAUCACUAGGACUUUGACUGGACCCGAAGGGGCGGCAGGUGGCGGUAGACGAGCUUGCGCAGCAGGAGCAGGAGCGAGGGUUUCUCAGUGCCUGGUCAAGCCUGGUUUUGCUGCUGACAUUGGCGCGUGUUCCAUGCGCAUGGAUUCAGGUAGAUCAUUUAUCUCAGGUUUGGAGUCGUGUCACAGUUUAGAAUCGGCUAAUCUUCAUCUUCGUUGCUUUGCUGGUCGGCUUUGGAUGGCCAGGGCUGGUCCCUGGUGGUGGCGGCGGUUCGGCGUCAGUAUUCGCCGAGUGGUCAGGUGGACUUGUCGUAGCUUGAAACGAGUAUUUGAUAACAGCAUACAAAUGCAAUGGUAGUGUCCUGUUUCUUUUGAACGUCUUGUAAUGAUGACACAUG